AGGCUACAUGGCGGCUGGAUCCCUACUGCACAGAAAAGCAGUGUUAUCCUUCAUCAAGUCUCGAAACGGGUGAAAUAUAGUCCAUUUGUGUUUUCUUUUUUUCUUUGGGUGAGCUUCUGAAACUCCUGGAAUUGUAGGCGCAAGCGGCCACCCAGCCGCCUCUUCCCCUGGAACUGGAAGAGGCAUAGAGCUUCAGGAUCACAACAUUGGCUGGGGAUUCUUCAGUUUCGUCGGGAAUAUCUGAUCUGAACCGGAGUUAAUAAACCUUAUAUGCACAACAAUGGUCCGGCGGGUGCUAGUUAUUGGAGCUGGCGCUUCGGGUCUGGUCUGUAUCAAGACCUGUCUGGACGAGGGUCUGGAGCCUGUGUGCUUUGAGAGCAGUGAUGACAUUGGCGGACUGUGGAGGUUUGAGGAAUCACAGAGUGAGUCAGAGCGCACUAGUAUCUAUCGCUCACUGGUAACCAACACCAGCAAGGAGAUGAUGUGUUUCAGUGACUUCCCCAUGCCUGCUGAUUACCCAAAUUAUCUGCACAAUGCCCAGCUUCUGCAAUACUAUCGGCUUUAUGCAGACCACUUCGGCCUGCGCAGACACAUUAGUUUCCAAAUCAAGGUGACACGUGCCAGGCCAAGGCCAGAUUUCUCCCAGUCUGCUCAGUGGGAUGUGAUCACAGUGGACCGGGAAGGACUGGAGGAGAAACACAUCUUUGAUGGGGUUCUGGUGUGUUCUGGACAUUACACACAGCCAAUCUGUCCCCUAGGAGAAUUCCCAGGACAUGAGCAGUUCACCGGCAGAUGCCUCCACAGCUGGGAGUAUAAAGACGCAGAUGAUUUCAGAGGGAAGAGAGUGGUGGUGGUGGGCAUCGGUAGCUCUGGAGGAGAUUUAGCUGCGGAGAUAAGCAGAUCUGCAGCCAAAACAUUCCUUAGCACACGGAAGGGGGCCUGGGUGGUGGGUAGGAUGUCCAGUGGGGGUCUUCCCCUGGACAUGAUAGCCAUCAGCAGGUUCACCAACACCCUAAAGAACCUUCUCCCCAAAAGGCUGAUAAACUGGGCGUCAGAGAGAGUCUUGAACCAGAAAUAUGAUCACAGACUUUACGGGCUGAUGCCAAGAAAAAGGUUCUUAGAUGGAGGGGUGUUGAUAAACGAUGACCUGCCUGGCCGGAUCCUACAAGGAAGGCUGGUGAUGAAGACCCACCUGUGUGGCUUCACAGCCUCCGGGCUUGUGUUUGAAGAUGGAACAGUGGAGGAAGACAUCGACGCCGUGGUCUUCUGCACAGGAUACCGGGCUGUUUUCCCAUUCCUGCCCCUGUCUCUUUCUGAUGGGCCAGGAGGCGAGUUGUCCUUGUACAAGGUGUUCCCUCCUUCUCUGGAGCCGCCCACACUGGCCAUCAUGGGUUUGUUUCGGACCAAAGGACCGGUCAUGCCCAUAGUGGAGAUGCAAGUCCGGUGGGCGUUAAAGGUUUUUACAAAUUCAUGCCAUCUUGCCACUAAAGAGAGAAUGCUGUGUGUCAUUGAUUCUGAGAGGAGGAUAUUCAUGGGGAGUAAUCCACAAGACGCCGCAUUGCAAGUGGAGUACAUCCCAUACCUGGAUUCCAUGGCUCAAGAGAUCGGUGUUCGCCCAAACAUUCUGUGCCUAUUCCUGACAGACCCUAAGCUGGGGUUGAAGGUGUUCUUGGGGCCAUGCACACCUUACCAGUACCGCCUCACUGGGCCUGGGCGCUGGAACGGAGCCCGCCAGGCUGUCCUCACUCAAUGGGAUCGGGUGGAACAGCCAUUCAGGACCAGAGCAGUGCAGGAUACAGAGUCAAGUAACUGCGGUGCCCUUUCCCUUUGGCUGCUGUCUGGGGCAGCCAUGUUGAUAUGUGGUGUGUCGUGGUGGACUCUGGAAUAAACUUCCAGCACAGCUUCCAUUGUCAGCCCAUGACAGAUCCCUGUGAUCCACAAAGCAGGACAAUGUGCAGGGACAGGAUGAAGACCUUGGGUCCAGGAUGACCUUGGUAUACAGGAUCAAAAUAUAUAUAUUAUAAUAAUGUGAUUCAAAUAUAUAUUCUUCACAUCAGCAGAGAAGAGAUCACAGCCUUCAUGAUUUAUUUCACUAAUAUAUCACCUAAUUAUCUGUGAGCCUUCUUUACCCUAUACCCUUUCGACACUGUAGACCAUAUAAUACUUUUGGACAGGUUAGAAAACUGGGUGGGGCUUUCAGGCACAGUCUUAAAUUGGUUCAGGUCCUACCUACAAAAUAGGAACUACUUUGUUUCCAUUGGCGACUUUGUAUCAGAAUCAACCAACGUGACAUGUGGAGUCCCACAAGGUUCGAUCUUAGGACCCUCUUUAUUCAACAUCUACAUGCUCCCACUAGGGAAAAUCAUGCAAAAUAACAAUAUUGACCAUCAUUGCUGUGCUGAUGACACACAAAUCUAUGUAUUGCUAUCACCAAAUGACUAUCGGCCCAUAGAUCUGCUGUGCCAGUGCAUUGACCAAGUGAAAGACUGGAUGUGCCGAAAUUUCCUUCAACUAAAUGAAGACAAAACAGAGAUAAUUGUAUUUGGUUCUAAAACGGAAUGGCUUAAAGUAACCCAACACCUUCACUCUCUGUCCCUGAAAGCCUCAAUCAAAGCCAGAAAUCUAGGGGUUAUCAUGAUUCAGAUUUACAUUUUGACAGUCACAUCAAAUUAGUUACAAAAUCUGCAUAUUAUCACCUUAAAAAUUUAGCAAGACUUAGAGGGCUCAUGUCCACCGAAGACUUACAAAAACUUGUACAUGCCUUUAUAACUAUUACGUUUCAUUACUGCAAUGGUCUCCUUACAGGUCUCCCAAAACAAACUCUAAGGAAGCUUCAGCUUGUUCAGGAUGCUGCUGCUAGAGUUCUAACAAAGACCAAAAAAUGUGAACAUAUUACACCAAGUCUUAAAUCGUUACAUUGGCUUCCUGUAGGUCAGAGAAUUGAUUUUAAAAUCAUGGUGCUAACCUAUAAAUCCCUACAUGGUUUAGGCCCAACAUAUUUAACUGAUAUGCUUCCACUACAUAAGCCUUCUAGACCACUAAGAUCUGUUAAUUAUCCCCAGAGUAAACACGAAACAUGGGAAAGCAGGAUUUAGUUCCUAUGCAACAAAUAGCUGGAAUAAACUCCCUGAGGAUUUAAGACUUGCCCAAGCUCUGAGCACCUUUAAAACAAGACUGAAGACUUUUUAUGUUUGCUUUAGCUUUCUGCUAAAUCUUAAAUACAUUGCUUUUUUAACUUUGCCUUUAUUUUCUAUUUUAUUACUAAAAUGCCUUUUUAACUUACUAUUUUACUCAUUUCUUUGCAUAUGUUUUCUUUUACUUAUCUAUUAUUUUAUUUUAUUGUAUGACAAUGUUUAUAUGUGAAGCACUUUGAGUCUGCCUUGUGUAUGAAAAGUGCUAUAUAAAUAAACUUGCCUUGCCUUUAAUAUUCUGAAAAACAAAGUGCUAUAGAUUAGGCCUGAUGUGAUUAAUGCCUUUUUGCUAUGUAGGCCUACUCACCUGAAGCCUUUUUAAUUUAAUCAUGUCUGAGUGGGUAGGGUGAUACAAUUAGGCCUUUUGGAAAACCAUUUUUCAAGUCUAUCUGUUGAGGCAAAUGUAUUCUGUCUGGAGUCACCUAAUAUUUAAUAUUAUCCACAUGGGUGAAAAAUAUCCUCAAACAGCCUGUCCCUAUUAUGUUUGAGUGUCCCAUGGGGUAGCCUAGGUUUUUCAGAUUCUAUGCAAAUUUACAGCAUAACUUGGUCCUUAUACAGCGCAACAGUGAACGUCCCCUGUUUGAACUGCUCUGGUUCUGGAAGUUCAUUUCCCAUUCAUGUUCUCCAUUGACUUUCAGAAAAUGAAUUUAAAAUUGUUCCUUUCUUGGGGAGCCAAACUUGUUGUCUACGCCUCAUCCAAGUUACUCAGUCAAUGAGAGGCAGAGUAGGGCGGGUCACGACUUCGCCCUUUGUCUGCUAAACUUGUUUGCUGCGAGCCACACUUCCAGGCAGCGUGGAGAACACAAAAACUGUAAGCAACUUUAUUUUUUUUAAGUAAUUAAGCGAAUGAUAAGGUUAGCUUGUCAACCUAAAGAGUAAGUGAUUCUACUGUUUCAGCUGGAAUUCGAACUCUGAGAUAAAAACAUUUUUAUUUUGGGUUGACAGUUUGAGGAAAGAGGGGGGCGACCCAUGAAAACUAACAAGCGAAGUUGUAUGUAAAAUGAGCCCCACACCAUAGUUUAAUGCAAUAUACAUACAAUAUAACGAUAUAGUGGGAAGCCUAACCUUCACUCGGACACGGAUGUGAAAUGAAUCGCUGCUUAGACGGCGCUUCACCAUACACACACACCGUAACGUUAUGCUAUAAGGGUCCGAAAGCUAAAUUUUCUCUUGGAUGCCAUGUCUACACACGGUGUCCUUUGUGUUUCAAGGAGAAUGGCAAGCAAAAACAUAGGAUUUGAACAAAAUUUGGGACUUAUUUCAUUCACAGAGAUAAAAAGGCAUAGAUUACUAUGUCGACGAUCAUAGAAAAAAAAAUUAACACGUUAGGUUUAGUUAGCCAUUGCGGUUCUCCAUUGACCUGCACGGCCGAUAAAAGAGUUUGUAUCGAACCCAUGCCGUGUUGUCUGUAGGGCUCGUUAGAUGAACUGCUAAUUGUUAUGAACAAGGUUGAACAAGUCUGUGUUCUUAU